AUGCUAGCAAAGGUAUUGGGGUUUCGAAGAGGUUUAACAUCGGCUAUAAGUAGGAGAUACGCGUGCGGAACCCUGUUACGUUCAGGUUUUCAACCGAACUCCGGUGUUUUAGCUGUAUACGGAAAUCGAGUGGCAAUAACACCAACCAGGUCCUACCGCUGCGAUGCGCACAUGAAUGAACUGCCUGUCCCAUGCUUACCUUGGGAACCGUGGUACAACGACAAGCAGAGCAAAUAUAAUAAAAUCUUAAUAGCCGGCAUAUUAUGGUGGCUAUUUUCUUUCGGCAUGAUGUUAUACACCGACAGCAUCUUCUUGAACUGGGGACCGCCGAGGCAGCCCGGCCCGCCGAGUGACAUGGUCGAAGAAUGCGACGACUCGGUUUAA